UGCAGCCUUGCAAGCUAAGACACAGGCACACUCUUCAGAGAACCAUGGCGCUUUUCACCCAACAGGUCCUGCUUGUAGCUGCAGAUUUAAUGUUUGCUUCCGCGCUCUCCUGCCUCUUGUAUGCAGCGGGCUGCCUCGUUGUCGCUGGUGGCAUGGGCUAUGUGAUUGUCCGCUUUUGGGGGGUCAUGAAGAAAGCAAAGAGGAACAUUGUCCGGAAGAAGAGAGCUGUUAUGAGUAGGGUGUCUGAGAGCUCUGCCGGAGAGAUGGUUGCGAACAUCCUAGGCUUGGCUGGUUCCCUAGUGAAAGCACCAUGCCUGUCGAAAUGGGCAUCCGUUCUGAAGGAGGGAUGUGUGACCCAGCUCCCAGUGGGUGAGAAGAGAUGCCAAAGCUCGAAGAUUCUGACUGGCAGCCAUCUGUCUCAGACAGGAAUGUCCUGUGGGAUGAAGAGGCAGCCAGGCAUUGUCUGGGAAGAGGAGAGAGUAACAUCACAAGAAGAUAAACCCGAAUGGCCUGCAAAGCAGAAGAAUGCUUCCACGAUAUCUGCUCUCCUUCAUUCCUUCCUCUUUGUCCCACCGAGCUGGUUCCUGAAGAAGAUAAGCCCCCACUGGUUUACUAGUCUGCUAACGUCCCUGAAGACAUCCAGAGACUGACAGGCGGGGCACCCCGCGCAUUCAUCCCACACACAGAGCCUGUAGUAGAGCCUGGCAAUAACCCUAAUUUGGACACCAAAGCCUCCUUCUCUCUGGGACAGAGACCUUCUUGGAAUUAAUUCCUUUCUACCCCUGGAGCCACAGAACAGCCUUAUUGCGGAGAGAUGACAUCCAACGAGGACCAAGACGCAAGUGAUGCAGAGGUUUCCCUUGGAGGGUCAUCUUGCCAAAGGGUCAGCUGUGUGUGAGAUGCAGGUCGAAAAAAGAAAUACUAAUCACUGCUCUCAGGAUAUCGUUCGGGGGGGGGGGGGAUAGCUUUUUCAGUAGGGGGGAAAAAUUCGAUGCCACUUUUUAAAAAUCCUGCUCUUCUGUGUCUCAGUGCAGAUAUUGAAACAGCACUGUCUUUUCCAUCCCACUGCCUACCACAAAGAAUCAGUUGCCUUUCAACAGAAAAACCCUUCUUUGAGUAAGAUUUUAACCAGGGCUUUUUUUCAGCUGGCACGGGGUGGAACAGAGUUCCGGCACCUCU